AUGACGACGAACGUCUACGACUUCAUAAUCGUUGGUGCUGGACCUUCUGGUUCAGCACUUGCAUCCAAAUUAUCUAAGAGUCGUACACAGCCAUCAGUACUUCUACUAGAGGCCGGUGAAGAUAAUGACGAUGUUGCCGACCGCAUUGCGGGAGAGCGGCUUACUUUUUGGGCGACUAACGGCACACAUCUUGACUAUGGUUAUAAAACCGUGCCUCAAACCCAGAUAAAGGGACGAGAGAUACCUUAUGCUCGAGGGAAGGGACUGGGGGGCUCGACUGCAACUAACAUGGGCGUGUGGGAUUAUGGUUCGAAGGCAGAAUUCAAUGAAUGGGCGAGACUGGUAAAUGAUGAUAUUUGGAAGUGGGAACACAGCUUGGAAAGGAUCAAACAGCUUGAAAAUUAUCACAAUGAGACACCGGCAAAAUACGAAAAAUAUGUCAAGCUUGAAACAGAUUCUCACGGCAAAAAUGGCGCCAUCGAUGUUUCCCUCCCAAGUGUCUGGACUCCGGGACUUGAAGAUGCUUUCGAAGCGUUAAGCAAGCAUGGGAUACCGCUCAAUCCUGAUAUAAACUCGGACAAAUGCAUUGGUAUCGGAAUUCCCCCGGCAACGACAUUCAGGGGCCUACGGAUCACUGCCUCAUCGGCAUACCUAUACCAUAAACCAGCCAAUCUGACUAUCAAAGCCAACUCACCAGUACAUCGGGUUAUCUUUGAAGGAAAGAAGGCUGUUGGGGUCGAACUCGUCAACCGUGCUAGAUAUACCAUCCUAUCUGCUGGGUCAAUUGACACUCCGAAAAUUCUCCUUUUAUCGGGAAUCGGUGAUCCAAGGCACUUGGAGAACCACAACAUCCCUAUCGUAUUGGAUCAACCGAACAUAGGUUCGAAUCUUCGAGACCACUUCUUAGUUCGAAUGGAUGCAGCCAUUAAACCAGAUGUCUUCCCUCCUCCAGAUACAUCAGCCAUCCAAGGAGCUAGAGAAAAAUGGCUCCACGAUAGGUCAGGGCCACUGGCUGAGGAUAUUGGCAAUUUUGCGGUGGGGUAUCUUAAACUUGAUAUUGCUUCAUUUCCAGAAUACACGACAUUGGACCAAAGAACCCAGUUAUUUUUGUCUCAGCCUGAUGUACCGGCAUACGAACUUGGUUUUGGCGUUGUUCCGACACCGACUCUUGAUUGUUUGAAGCUGGCAACAUCGACUAUACUUCAACACAGCCAAUCAUCAGGAUCAAUAUCACUCAAAAGUGCAGACCCAAACGAUUCUCCAAACAUUGAUAUGAAUAUCCUUGCACAUCCAUACGACCGUCGCGUCAUGAUUGAAUCGCUUAGAAAAACAUACGAUUUUCUCCAAAAUAGCACCUUCCCCGUCGACGGGCUUCUCGAAGGCCCUAAGAGUAAUGCAGACGAUGACUUAAUGGAGUAUAUCAAAAAUCAUAUUACCAUCUCGUGGCAUGCAUUGGGGACGGUCAAGAUGGGGAUCGAAGGUGGUAAAGGAGCAUGUGUAUCUUCCGACUUUCACAUAAUUGGUCUCGAAAAUUUGCGUAUUGCAGAUCUCAGUGUGUGUCCAGUGCUGCCAAGCAAUCAUACCCAAUCAACAGCAUAUCUCAUUGGAGACAUCGCUGCAAUGAAGAUCAUUGAAGAUUAUAAACUCGACGCAGAUGUUUUCUUUUGA